AUGGCUCCCACCGAUACCUCCGCCGUGGAGAAGAACCGCGCCAUCGUGAUCAGCGGGCCCAGCGGCACGGGCAAGUCGACGAUCCUGAAGCGCCUGUUCGAAGAAUACCCCGACAAAUUCGGCUUCAGCAUUUCGCAUACGACACGCGGGCCCCGCGCCGGCGAGGAAGAUGGGCGCGAGUACUACUUUGUGAAGAGGGAGGAGUUCCAGGACUUGGUGGACAAGAAGGGCUUCAUUGAGCAUGCGCAGUUUGGCGACAACUGCUAUGGCACGAGCAUCAAGGCGGUCAACGACAUUGCGGAGAAGGGCAGGAUUUGUAUAUUGGAUAUUGAGAUGGAGGUAGACAGCCGCCCUAUCGGCGUCAAGCAAGUCGCAAACCACCCCACGUUCCCUCGUCCACGAUUCCUGUUCUUGUCACCGCCUUCGAUGGAGAUCUUGGAGCAGCGGUUGCGGAGUCGCGCGACGGACAAGGAGGAGGCUAUCCUUAAGAGGCUGAAACAGGCGAAGAACGAGAUGGACUUCGCGAACAGCGGAGAGGCGCCGCACGACAAGGUUGUGGUCAACGAUGACUUGGACAAGGCGUACAAGGAGGUCAAGGAGUUCAUUGUCGGCAGCGACGCAUGA